AUGAGACUAAUGGGAUUGGUACUCAGACAAAGACCUGGAGUGUAUAUAUUGGCUACACGUGCUCCCGAGAUAGCUAAGGGAGAGGACAAUGCAGUAGGGGGUUCUCAGCCGGUUCCCGAGCCUCAACCUGAGCAGAUGGAGACAAAGGCACCUCCUACAGCACAGGAGCCACCACCCGUGCAUAUGUUUUCUCCCACUCGAGCCCAUGAUCGAUUUAAGAGGCUUGAGAGUGUUGUGGGAGUAUUACAAGUAGAUUUAGCUGAGGUUCGCUGCUAUCAGGGCCAGCGUGAAACCAAGAAGGGUCAUGCUCUAUUCGAGGAUAUCAAAGCUCGUGGCUUUAUUGCCGACAGAAGGAACUAUUGUAUAUUGGCUCAUGGUCUCACCAAAGCUGGUCAUGCACUAGAGAUAUAUAAAGUGUUCUAUGGCAUGAAGGAGCUUGCUCCUGUUGGUUAUGGCAUCAAGAAGCUUCAAAUAAUGAUGAUGAUCAUGAAUGACUUAGUCUCUGUUGAUGACCUCAUAGAGGAGCCAGCACCUUACCGUGGAGUCAGCCAAUGA